AUGUCCUCUGAGUCCGCAUCCGAAGAUGACAGCAAUCCGCCCUGGUAUACCUUUUUCCCGCAUGGGGGUAUGGACCCUGCUGGCGUUCCCGACCGUCUCUUACGCCACCCCGAGCUGCAACAACGGGGAAUUGUCCCCUAUGGUGCUAUGAAACCCGGUGUCGUAUUCUGCACUAGGGAUUUAUCGGACAACACUCCGCGAGAUCCCAUCCAGGUUAUCAAAAUUCUUGACACAAACGGCGAAGAGCUUCCCAUUUACGAGCUCCUUCUACGCGAAAUCGAUCGUCCCAAUAACCACACCGUCCCGUCUGAGAUCACAAACGCUGGCCAUCCGCUGCUGAUCAUGCCGUUCGUUGGCUACCUCCGCCAUAUGCAUGGGCUCAAUUGGUCUCCACGGAAACUGGUAGAGUUUCUUUUUCAAUUUGUAGAGGGACUCGAAUAUCUGCAUAGCCUGCACGUCGUUCAUAUGGACAUAUGUCCGCAAAACGUUUUAGCGGGGCUGCCCCGAAACGUAGAGGUGCACAAGAGUAUUGUGGCGCAUAGAGUGUACAUCAUCGACUUCGACAUAUCCCGGCGCUUCAAGCUGGGCCCUGGCGUCCAACCUGCGAUAACGCUCCCGGACACCCAAAUCUCACCACCGAACGGCCUCCGACAUUUCGAUCCUUAUUCCUGGGACGUGUACUGCAUGGCACUCACAAUGGAGUCUGUUAUACAGUCGUACGAUGACCAGACAGUCUACAGGGACGAGAAGGUGCAGCCAUACUGGCCCGCUAAUAAAUUCGUCCAGUGGCUUGUCGGCAACGAACGAGGGUGCACCGGCGUAUGCCGCUGCCGGCCGACAGCACGUACGGCGCUGCGCGUCCUCGUCAUCCUUCGGUGGGCGGUCUACGCGACGGAGUGCUAUGACUGGCUCGUUCGCUCUCUGUCGCGACUCCGUGCUAAACUCGGAGUUGGCACGGCACGACGUACCCCCGACGACCCGCAGACAGAUCUUUGA